AUGAAUUCAUCACCAAAAAAAAGUUGUUGUUUAAUAUGUUCAAUUUUAUCAUCAUUAUCACAUGUCAAUUGUUGUUCAAAACAUUUAACAUUAUUAAAUAAAACAUUACCGUCAAAUUUAUCAACACCAGUUAUUUAUAUGAUGCCUUCAACAGUUAAUGAUUGGUCGAAGAAAUUAGACUGUCGUUGUCAAUCACAUUGUUCGAAAUUAAAACGACAUCAUGAAUCUCGCUCUUCAAGUUCAUCAUCAUCGUCAUCAUCAUCAUCAUCAUCAUCAACAUCAUCAUCAAAAUCUCGACAUCGAAAAAGAAAACAAUCAACUGAUGCAAUACAUAAAGAUAAUACUAUACAUUCACCAAGUAGAGAGGAAAAUUUAUCGUUUUAUAUGCCAUCUCGAGAAAUAUCAUAUGUUUAUCAACAACAUCGAUCAAAUCAUGUACGAACUCCAUUUUCACCAUUAUUUCAAUCAUCUUCUUUAAUCAAUACAAAUAUGAAUAAUAAAGAUAAAAGACUACGAAAAAAAAGGAAAAUUUCAUCUACUCCAAUUGCAACUAGACGCAAGGAAUUAAUUAUUGAUCGAACAGAAUCGGUAGUGCAAUAUGAAUCUCAUCAAUCAGAUACUGAACAAAUAAAUAAGCAAAUACAAUCUCCAGUGUAUAAUCCACGUAUUCUUUUAAAUCGUGUUUUUCACGUUAAAGAUGAAGGUGAAGAUUUAUUUACUAGUAAACCUCAAAUAACUCUAAAUAUGGCUCAAGCAACUGAACAAAUGAUUGUACAAAGAGAUUUACAACCAAGAAUUCUACUUCAACGUGUAUCCUUUUAA